AUGUCUUUCGGCAGACUGCAGGCAGCACUUGCGGCAGCGACAAGCGAUAUCACACUGGCAGCGGCCAGUCUCAAUUUUGAUUUUACAUUGGUGAAGAUUGAGGCCCCGAAGGAAUAUCAUAGCCUGGGAAGUGCGCUAUCAAAAACAAGCAAAGAACAGGCAGAGUUUGGGUCCGCUCAUAUUACCGCCCGAAGAUUAGGUGCUCUCUUUGAGGAGAUCUGUCCCUCAACUCCGAAGCUCAUCAAAGCUUAUGGGACCCGAGUCUCAGAAAUAGCUGAAGCAACGAAAACAUCCGUACCGGCGGCAGGGGGCUUCUUUUCCGAACACACAGGGGUGAAUGGGACAUCAAUCUGGGCCGCUGCUACCAGCUCCACUUCUGCACUUCAGCUGCAGCUUUUGGCCUGCAUGCUGGCGCGGAUAUGGGGCCAUCAAGAAGCCACUGCCGCGUGGGUUGAGCUGGUUCAAGAGAGAAGGAUGGAAAUCAUCCAACGGUGCGAGAGGGGAGAACAGAUGCAUAUCGGAACGUUGAGUGCAGCCCGUCAGGCGGACAACAUAUCCAGGACCAGUCUCGCAGAGUGGGAUGACAGUGCUCGCGCCUGGCUUCGCAUUGCCGACAGAGAAAAGUUAUUUCAACAGAAGCAGCUUAUGUUGAUAAUCUCGAACCUCCGAAAGGCAGUGACGGCGGACAAGUCUGUCUUCUCCGGUGUGCUGGGCGCCUGGAAAACGGCACUUGAGUCAAUGGAAAACCUGAUCAAUGGCAUGCCACAGGCCGUCAAUGACGGCUCCGUCCUCAUCGCGCUAGGGUCAUGGCAUAUCUACCCCGACUUGAUCGUCUUGGGAAAAAAUCCCGCCGAAGUCCAUUUCAAGGACUCCCUUAUCAAGCCAGGGGGGGUAGUCACCAUCGGACUUGACCAGGCCCAUGGCAACUGUCCGCAGGGGGUGUAUUGGUCCUUGUCCUUGAAGCACUUGCAUCACUAUGGAGGAGCGGCCCAAAAGGAGGCGUUAUUUCAUCCAGAUGGAGCCCGCGUGACUUUCGGUCAAUUCUGUUUCGCAGCCUUUGGUUGUCUUCUCGGCCAUUGGGCAGUCAAGUGGGAUGAAGUACAGCUGGCUGCGCGGUUCUUCGUUUCCAUCCAAAAGACGCUGGAAAGCUUUAUUGGCAGCGACAUGGCAUCCCCUAAGAAAACGGAAAUUUCCAGGUAUCUCCGCGACCCAUGCCAAUGGUGGAAUAUCAUGGUUCGCGCGGCGUCAGCCUAUCUUGACACCAAGUGCGAAGACCAGGAGACGGCAGAGAGAUUGGUGAAACUAGGAAUGCGACGCGCACACCUGUUUAUCCCUGUGGACGAGGGCAAUCGUAUUUCGCCUUUUUUUGGUUGUCUAUCUCCAGAUUCCAUUCUGCGCUGUCUGAAAGGGUCGGAUGAGAGGGUGUCAUACUUGCGAUCUAUUGCCAUUUUGCCCACCGAUGCGAAGCGGGACUCUGCCGUCAUUAAAUAUUUCGAGGAUUUACACGACACACCGUGCUUUGCAACAGUAUGGACUGUUCCUGUUGCUUCUUGCAAACGGAAACGCUCUGAUGGACAGAGUGCCCCCCAGCUCAUGCAUUGUCGAUGGGUUGAUGCCAAAUCUAGACCGAAAUCCGACGACCCAUCGGAACGGGUUGUAUCUCUCCGAGAUGUUCCUCGUUUCCGCAAUGUGAUUGAGAAUGGGAGUAUAGUAUCGUACGAAUUUUUGGAUUCUCGGAAUGGGUGCUACCUGCUCCCAACGUUUGGCCUUCCAACCCUGGCAACCAUAUGCCAGCCUGUCUCAGUACCCAAAUUGACGAUAAAGCCGACUACGCUUGAAGACUAUAUUCAAAUGAUUGAAUUGGAUCUUUUUCGGGCUGACCGACUUUUAGACCACAUUCUUAAGAGUGUGAAGGCUGAUGGGAUUCACCCAACGUUGGCAUGUUUAUCCUGGGCCAGUACGAUUUAUAGAUCAAUACCCGAUGCCAGUGUGUCCCUUGCAAUUCUUGACAGACCAUUAUAUCGCGCGAUGUGGGCUGAUUCGAUCUUUUCGGCAAUUGAAGAGAAGCGUGAGCCGAUAAUUACUCGUGAGACAGCUUUGUCAUGCGUGGCCUAUAUGGAAGAAGAGGUGGACUCAGAUCCUCGUCAGCUGGGAAGGGUUUUUGCCAUGGCCUACAAGGAGUGCAUAUAUAUCACGAUGAAGGUACUUUCACCCUAUCCACAUCACCUAGCUUCCAACCCCGAAUGGCUCCUUCUCACCAGAUUUCAGUGCACCUGCGAUCCCUCAGAGUACCGCGAGCCGUACGAGCUUCGUCGACUUCUUGGGACCAUUGACCCAUCGUCAUGGAAAGUGCUCAGCACCAAUAUCUUCAAUGGGCGUGCCGAGGACCACUUUUCCAACACCUCGGUGCACCUCGCCUUUACGGAUUAUUACGUUCCAUUGCAUGAGCACAGCUCCCACUCCAGAGAGCAUCAGGUAUAUUUCCUGGAGUCGGUAGCCUCCGUCCAUGAUUCUGGGACGUGGGUCGGUGACAUCGACAUCCUCCAAGCAGUCGAGGAUGAAAGGAUCUUCCGUUUAACCUAUGUGCCCUGCUCCAGAGCCCAUGACAUAGAGGAUCGCCCGACUCCGCUUGUAUCUGCAGAAACGUGGGUCGACCUGCUUGACCCGCCGGAUGAGGCUCUUGUGUUCAGGGCAAAUGGAAACUGGAUCGCAAGGCUGGCCGCUGUGGCGAUCGCAGCGCAGAUUUUCCCUGGAGAGCGCAUCUUGAUCUGUCCCAACAACAUGUGCUGGAGCUGCACAGCGACCGAGGACGAUUUUAUAACUUUCACAAUACCCAAGGUGUUAAUUUUUUGA